UUGGAUAAUAUCAUUACGGUCGACUUUGUUAAGAUCAAAAUGUCGAGGUUUUUGCUGUCGUGUUUCCUAUCUGUUGUGUUCCUUCCAAUAAACUAUGCAACCGUACUCACGAGUGAUGAACUACACGCAGCUUAUGGGGACGAUAUGGCCGCCAUGGUUUGUGCAUUUUUCCCAGAAAGAUCGGAUUGUAAGAUCGAACGUAGCCGAACUGAUCCAAUAACGGAUGCUACAAGGAACGUGUUGGAAAAGGCUAGGCUGAAGCUAUGUACACCGUACGAUUGCACAGAUGAGCCAAAAAUUGCCCCAGUGAAUCUAUGUAUUGCAAUCCAAAAGUCAUGCACAGUUAAUAGUGAUGACCUCACAAGGGCCUAUAAUCAUGCCAAAGGCCUCAUAAAAACUAUUGACAAUGCUGCAAUGAUAAGCACCGUGGUAUACUCAGAUGAGGCAAAUGUCCAGAAUAAAAUACAACGUCUGCCUAACACCACAAUGAGAUAUCUUAAUAAACUUCUAAAGAAAUUUAGUCCUCCCAAGUACAAAAAAGACAAACCGUGUGAGGAUAAACAGGCUAUCACUGAAGAUGCAAUUCAAAAAUGCUGGGAUGAGUUUAACAAAACAGAUAACAAAUUGCAAGAUGUCAUGAUUAUAUACACCAACGGUGUCUCAUUUAAAACAAGCGCAGGUGACGUUAGAGAUCAAACAAUAGAAAAAGCACAAGAAAACAGGGCUAAGAAAAUUCAAACAUUCGUGAUUAAAUACAAGAAUCCAAGCGAUUCAAUAGAUGGAGAUGACGAAUGGAAUGCACUGAACAACCCAAGUGUUUUAGAGGAUCUCCCUCAUCCUAAACCGUUAAGUCUAACAAGGAAGUUGAAGGUGCCCACAUUUUUGACAGAUGAUGCCUGUGAAGCGAUCCCUGAUUGUACAAAAAAACCAGUGCCAUGUGGCGAAAUUGACCUCGUUUUCAUUGUGGACCGAUCCAACAGCACCACAGUGGGGAACAUCAAUCGUACACUGACUUUCCUCAGUACGUUGGUAAAGAAUCUUCAAUUUGGCGGAAAACAGAUCCGAAUUGGUAUCAUCACGUAUAAUCAAAAAGUCACCGUUCAUCUAUCUGUGAACGAAACAUUGAACAACGAUGAAAUACUGGCGAGAAUCGAUGAGAUUCCAACUUCGAAUGCCAUGGGGGCUCACACACACGAAGCAUUGGCCAAGGCCCGUGGAAUGUUAAAGGGUAGUGGCAGGAAGGACUCGGCAAGGCAGGUUAUAGUUAUGAUGUCUAAUGGCCAAACAUGGUUAAUGAAGGACAAUAUAGGAGGACAUGAGGCGAAGCAAAAUUCUGCAUUAACAAUCGAACAGGCCAAACUAGCUAAAGAAGAAGGCGAUGAAAUAUUUGUCAUAGGACUACCUGGUAAAGACGAUUCGGAAGAGAAUGGGAAAUCAGAAUGGAUCUCAAUAUCCAGUGUCCCCCACGAGUGUCAUUUCAUUGAUAUGACAGGUCCAGAUGCCACAUUUGAAGAUCUCAAAUAUGCGCGGUUCCAUAUAUUAACACACCUUUGUAUAUUUGAUGAAGGAGAAUGCCAGUAUGCCCAACAUGAAGAGGAUUCGGAUAUAGAAAAUGAAAACAAUGGAGCAGAAAAAUAGACAGAAUAGUUAACCAUAUUAAGUAAUUAGAUGAUGGCACAUUGGAGUCAUUGUAUAUGAACUGAACUUUAGGGAAAAUGGUUAAAGCCUGGGAUCCGGUGUGAAAGAAAUGAUGGUCCCCCAGGGAUUAUGGUCCCCUUUCUUAUUUUACAUGUAGAUACGCAUCUAACAGUGUCUUGCUGUAAGC